AUGGCGGCAGAUGCCGCUACAACCCAAACAUCUACGCUUCUGGGAAGGUCUAUACUAGGGACAUGGCGCGGUGAGAGCGGAGAGCAAUGGUCUUCGGCCCAAGGCUUGGAAUCUGUCCUUAUUUCCAUCCAAAGUUUGAUGUCCUCUAACCCCUAUGAGAACGAACCUGGCUUUGAGAACGCCAGCUCUGACCGGGACCAACAAAACAUGGCUCAUUAUGUUGCCAAGAUUCGCCACGAGACUCUGCGCAUUUCAGUCAUCCAACGACUUGAAGAGUUUCUUGGUAUUCAAUCGGAUGGAACGAUUUUUCCCCCAUGCCCUCCUGGGUUUGUUGACGAUGAGGAAGAAGAAGAGGACCGCCUGACUGGAGAAGAUGACCGCCCAGCUUUUGAUCCUUUCGAAGAUCUCCUCAAACGCAGAUUUCUCUGGUACUUCGAAUCCUACAUUCUCGCAAUUGACGCUGCAGAGCCCGAAGUCACGCCAUCGCAGAUAUUCAAAAAGAUGCCUUUUGAAAACCCUGGCAACUCCAUGGAUGGCCGUUUCUACUAUCCAGACCUUCGGAAACGCCUGAUAUUUAUCAAAGAGACGAUCGUGAAUGAAACGGAGGGCUGGGCCGCGGAAGGCAUGAAAGCGAAAGUCAAGGAGACUAGAAUUGCAGUCAACCUCCAGCGCCAGUAUGAGCAGAUCGUUGAGGAUCUCAAGAAUAGGAAAAAUUUCAUGAUCGACCUGGGCCUCGAGAAUGGGAAUCCGUUCCUCUGGAACGUGACUUUCUUUGGAAAACCCAUGACGCAGCUGGACGGUGGAAUUUUCCAGAUCCGAAUCUGCCUGAGUCCCAAGUUCCCUGAUGAACAGCCGCGGGUUAUUGUUAAGACGCCACUCUUCCAUAAUCGCAUUUCCAAGGAUGGGGUGUUGUGCUAUUUCCCGAAAAAGUUGGAGGAGAUGAAGUCGCAUGUCGAGGCCAUUAUGGAGGCGCUGGAGGAUGAGUCCCCGCCCUAUGACCCGCGUACGACUGUGAAUCCAGAGGCGUCGAAGUUGUUCUGGGGUUCUGCGGAUGAUAAGAAGAAGUACAAUCGGCUGCUAAGGAGAUCUGUGCAGCGGGGCGUUGAGGAGUGCUGA